CCGACCCUGCUCGCGGCUGCGCCUUUGAGCUCUCCAUCAAUAUCAGCUUACAUCACUGAAAAGAUAAUUUUGAAGACAUGUUUUGCUGAAACGACAACUGAGAAAAAAACCAGUUUACGAAUGGGAUGAACACGCACAGUUAAUUGACUACCUUCUGCAAUUUGAAUGUUAACAUUACCCACCUGGUACAGUUACCUAGUGAUGUACCUAUUCCCGCAAUAUCCCAUUUCAGGGUGCUCGUCUUGAUUAAAGAAUUCAAAGUGGAGUACCGCAAACUUGAUAUGGAUAAUAAAAAGAAAGACAAGGACAAAUCAGAUGAUAGGAUGGCACGACCUAGUGGUCGAUCGGGACACAACACUCGAGGAACUGGGUCAUCAUCCUCUGGAGUUUUAAUGGUUGGACCUAACUUUAGAGUUGGAAAAAAAAUUGGAUGUGGUAAUUUUGGAGAAUUACGGUUAGGUAAAAAUUUAUAUACAAAUGAAUAUGUGGCAAUUAAGCUGGAACCUAUGAAGUCCAGAGCACCACAGCUACAUUUGGAAUACAGAUUCUAUAAGCAAUUAGGAUCUGGAGAUGGUAUACCUCAAGUUUACUAUUUUGGCCCUUGCGGUAAAUACAAUGCUAUGGUGCUAGAACUACUGGGACCUAGUUUGGAAGACUUGUUUGACUUGUGUGACAGAACAUUUUCUCUUAAAACGGUUCUCAUGAGAGCUAUCCAACUGAUUUCUCGUAUGGAAUAUGUCCAUUCAAAGAAUUUAAUAUACAGAGAUGUAAAACCUGAGAACUUCUUAAUAGGACGACCAGGAAACAAAACCCAACAAAUUAUUCAUAUUAUAGAUUUUGGUUUGGCAAAAGAAUAUAUUGAUCCAGAGACAAAGAAACACAUACCAUACAGGGAACACAAGAGCCUUACAGGAACAGCUAGAUAUAUGAGCAUAAACACACAUUUAGGAAAGGAACAAAGUAGAAGGGAUGAUUUAGAAGCUUUAGGUCACAUGUUUAUGUAUUUUCUGAGAGGAAGUCUUCCUUGGCAAGGCUUAAAGGCUGACACAUUAAAAGAGAGGUAUCAGAAAAUUGGAGAUACAAAACAAGCCACACCAAUAGAAGUGCUAUGUGAAAAUUUUCCAGAAGAAAUGGCAACAUAUCUUCGUUAUGUAAGAAGGUUAGAUUUUUUUGAAAAACCAGACUAUGACUACCUAAGAAAACUUUUUACUGACUUGUUUGAUCGAAAAGGCUAUAUGUUUGAUUAUGAAUAUGAUUGGAUCGGUAAACAGUUGCCUACUCCAGUGGGUGCAGUUCAGCAAGAUCUUGCUCUGUCGUCAAAUAGAGAAGCACAUCAACACAGAGAUAAGAUGCAACAAUCCAAAAACCAGGUUGUAAGUUCUACAAAUGGGGAGUUAAACACAGAUGAUCCAACUGCAGGAUGUUCAAAUGCGCCCAUCACAGCCCCUACGGAAGUAGAAGUGCUGGAUGAAACCAACUGCCAGAAAGUGUUGAACAUGUGGUGCUGCUGUUUUUUCAAACGAAGGAAAAGGAAAACCAUUCAGCGUCACAAAUGACUCUGGACACGAACAGAUCGUGGAGAGUUACUUAUGUGUUCAUCUGCUGUCUUGUGAUUAAAAUCAUCUCUGUAGCCACAUAUAUUUUCAAGGACUCACUCUUAAAGACAAAUAUUUCAUGUCUUCAUACAUCAUUUUGUGGUUGUCUUACAUCCAUUUUUUUUUCUAAUUUAACUUUUAUGGAAGCUUUAAAGUUUUGUCAAAACGCGAGUGCUUUGCCCAUCAAUGAAUGGAGUGGACCAAUGAUGUGGUAUUGAUCAUUACAGUUCUGUAGAAUAUUUUUCAGAAACUCUUCUCCUGUUGUAGAAAGCAGUACCAUUUCUUAAAUGUCAACCAGUUAUCUACCUAAUCUGAUUUUUCAUAAGUUCUGUAAGAACGUAACCAAAACAGGAAUUUUCUCCUCACUGGAUAAUGCAAGAGAGAAAACAGAGUUGCCCAAAUAUUAAAAAGAAGUUAUUCCUUGAGAAGUUCAUAUUUUAUGUAACAUCUACAUUGAUUUCAGUAUUGGUACUGAUUUCAGUAAUGGUACUGCUAUUCAUGAGUGAUAUUAACAUUCUUUAUGUGAAAUCAUGGUACAGUCACUGCCCAGAGGUACUGAGGAAAAAGUUCUAUGGGCUCUGCAGAUAGUAGUGAUAAAAUGGAUCACAAGUAGUGUGGUAAAGUUCUGCUUUUGUUGCACCACUAUGCGAAGUGCAGUGUUGCAGAAGUGGCGAAAGUGCUUAUUUUAAAAGUGCAAAAUAUUUGUAUAAUGUAACUUUAUGCUUCCAGAUAAUAAUGCAUGUUAGACAGCAGGAAGUGAAUACUUUGGGAAAUGAGGUAUGUUGGAGUUUUAAAAAAUAUGCUAAGGAGAAGAAAUAAAUGUGAACCUCAUUGCAAUGUAUUAAGGUUGAAGCCUAAGGAGAGCCCACAGAAACCUACUGCUGAAUGAUUAUAUUUUUCCUUAAGCAGAAAACUUUGGAUGUGCCAUGCAAUGGUGUUUUUUAAUUAGUUAUUUAGCUCUUUGAUUAAAAAAAAAAAAAAAAAGACCCCCAGCAAUAAAAAC